AUGAUAUUUGGUAAUAUUGGUAACAUAAGUAGAUUACAAAUAAUAAGUCCAUUAUCUUUGAUUCGUAAUUCAUCUACUUACUUAGGUAAGUUAGCACCAAAUGUUGGAGCUGUUGAUGGAUACAAAAGAUUGGGUAGAGGUCAAGCAUCAGGAAAAGGGAAAACAGCUGGAAGAGGUCAAAAAGGUCAAAAAGCAAGAGGUAAAGUCCCAAGAUGGUUUGAAGGUGGUCAAACACCUUUCUUCAAGAGAUUCCCAAUCAUAGGUUUCAAAAGACCACACAAGAAAAUUUACAAUGAAUUGAAUUUAGAAAGAAUUCAAGAAUUCUGGAAUAAUGGAAGAAUCCCAUUGAAAAGUGGUGAAUUAUUGACCAUGAAAGUAAUGAAAGAAUGUGGAUUAGUCACCGGUUCAAUCAAAGACGGUGUUAAAGUAUUGGGUAAUGGUAAAGAUGAAUACACCGUACCUUUGAAUAUCGAAUCAUCUAAAGCAUCCGCUGGAGCUGUAAAAUCAAUUGAAGGCAUUGGUAACUCAUUCACCGCUAAAUAUUAUACCAAAUUAGGAUUAAGAGCUCACAUAUAUCCAGAAACUUUCUUAUUAAAGAAAGGUUAUAUACCAUUAGAAGCUAGACCAACCCACAGAAGAGACAUUCAAUAUUAUUCAAGUGAAGAGAAAAGAGGAUAUUUAUUGCAAAAUCCUGAUUUGUUAUUGAAACAUAGAUAUGCAGAUGGUCCAAGAGUGGUCAAAAAGGUUAAGGCUAUCAGUAAUAUUGAAAGAAGUUUGAAAGAUGCUUCACAAAAGACUUAUGAUAAUUCAUCAUCAAUUGUAAAAUUAUCAGACUUGUAA